AUGGCUUCGCUGUCCUUGCAGCCGAUCUCACUCGCUGCAGCUCCAUCUUCGGCUCCUGCGACCAGAAGUGGUGGCUCGAGGUCCGUGGCGCAGUUGCGGAGGCCCCAAAGCUGGUACUCCACGAAUGGAGGCCCGAUACCCGCCACUGCCGGUUCGCACGCAGUCUCUCUCUUCCUGGUCCUCAGGCGGAAGAGGCACAGAGAUCUUGCCGCGCGGCCUCGGAGGCCUCAGAGGCGCUUCCGUGGCCCUCGGGCCGCGAGCCUGCGAGGUGCUGCCGACCCUAUGGGCCCGAGCUUGUCCGACGCGCAGCUCCAACGGCUCCUCUCACCGGCGUUUAUCGCCUCGUUCCUUAGUUUCCUGCUCUACCCUUUGUUUGCUGAAGCGGUUGCCUCCCAGCUGGACUCAGUGGCGCUUGGCGUCAUCAAGGGUGAUGUUUCACAGUACAUGCAGAAUUUCUUCAAUUUCAACAGCUUGCUGUUCUCGUUCUUCGUCUCGCAGACAUACGCCUCCUUGUACCAGCAGCAGGAGAGUUUGUAUAUGGCUCUCUACUCCGAGAUCGCCGAGGCAAGAUCCUUGCUGGAGCAGCUGACGCUUGUCUCGCAGAACAGGCCAAGCUAUCGCUCGAUGCUGCAGAGUAUGGAUGCGUACGUGGAGGAACUGAUCCUCGGUGUGCGCGUGGGGUGUCCGCCAGCGGUGUUAGUGUCUGCGAAGCCCGCACUGGAUCCGCUCGAAGCCAUCCUGUAUGCCACCUCGGUGGGUGUGCCCUCCGUCGUCUACGACACUGUCCGCAGCCUCCGAGAGGCGCGAGGUCAGCGGCUGGGAGCCACGCAACGCAAGCUGCCCUGGGAGCACUUUGUCCUCCUCAAUGUACUCGGUGCCAUGGAGCUCUUGGUGUUUCCCCUGCUUGGCGCCGGGAUCUCUGGCUACGAGGCCUCAGAUGCUGCAGCACCGGGACAUGUGCUCUGGAUACAGUCCGUCGUCUUCGCGAUCCUUGCCGGUGGUGUUGUUCUAGCCUUGCAGGUUAUCCAGGACUUGAGGUCUCCAACGUCGGGACUCUACAGUCUGGACUCGACCCUCGACGAGAUGGUCGAAGGCUUGCGAGCGGAGCUGCGGCACCGCCUGGAGGCCGCGCCGGCCUCCAGCGCCUCCCGGCUGCCCAGCCCUGUCGGUCCUGCACUCAGACGUGGCAGAUGCAGGAAGACUUGA